AUGAUUAUUGUUAAUCUGCAAGUCAUAUCAUCGAGUAUAGUCUGCACUAUAUUGGAAACGGUGAAUACAGUUUGUAGAACAGAUCAAGGUGAAUUGAUACCUUUCAAAGCCGAAUACUUGGAUUCGAGAGAUACCUCUGAAGGAAUAGUUGAGUAUGUAGAUAAUUCAAUCGACACUAUUAACGAUUAUGUAUUUAACGAUCCACCCUUCUAUCAAAAUACAAAGUCUUUAAAAUUGCGCUUGUCAAAUGAAACUUUAUUCAUAAGCCCGAAUGCUUUUCAUUUAUCAAAUCUCGAGCAUUUAGAGAUAACUCCAGGUUCAGUUCAAUUGGAACUGAACAUUUUUGAAGACUUGGAUAAUUUAAAGUCUCUUAAAUUGAAGAUUAAUGAAACAUCUAUAGAACUCCAUGAAAUAUUGCCGAAUUUUCAAAAGUUAGAAAGUUUAGAAUUGAUAGAAAAUGACAUUGAAAGUAUUUGCGAUCCAUCAGGCAAUGCACUUAACAUAUCAAGUCUAAAUUAUACAGCAAGUCAUAUCAAUAGCCUAUCAUCAGGGUCAUUUAAAUGUUUGCCAAAUCUCAAGAGUUUAGUAAUAACAGAAACAAACUUGUCACUGAUAGAAGUUGGUGCAUUUGAAAAUUUAAAAAAAUUGGAAACACUGAGAUUAACGUCUAAUUGGCAGCUAACAAAUAUUUCUAGCUAUUUUUUUAAUGAAUCUAAAAUAUUAGAAGUUAUAGAUUUGGCUAACAAUUCAAUAUUAAAAAUAGAUCGCGAUGCAUUUGAUUCAAUAAAUAAAAAUUGCAAAAUGCUAAAUUUAAGUUACAAUUUAUUGGGAUAUCUUGAAUUUGAAUGUUUCAAAAAUUUAGAAUGUGAAACAAUUGAUCUUGGUGGAAAUAAUAUUCACUAUAUUGGAAGUAAUGAAUUUGAAAAUUCAAUAAUUCUUAGAAUGUUUUUGGAUGAUAAUAUUAUUGAUAAAUUUAAUAACAAAAGACGUUGGAGUCUUAAAAAUUCUACCGUAGUAUAUUUUAAGUUUGAUCAUGAUGAAACUGCAGCUAACACAGAUAAGACCUACAGCCAUUGUUAUGAGAGUGAUCAGGCUAUUUAUGUUAUUUGCAAAAAAGUCAAAUAUAUUGUAUCAGUAAAACAGCGAGUGUUGCCUUAUCGACUUUUGCCAACGUCACUUGCAAUUUAUGACAACGAAAGAUUUGGGAUUGAUCCAAAUGCAUUUGUUGAUUUGAGCAUUGAAACAUUGAUAAUAGAAUCAUCUGCAGACCACUUUGGUGUACGACAAAACGCAUUUCUAAAAAAUGUUGUUAACGAAAUCGUUUCCCGUUGA